AGAGCGACAUUCUCGACACCUCCUACCGCACGUCCACACUCGCAAGAUGAAGUUCCUCGCCCUCGCCGCCGUCGCUGCCGCCCUGUCGUCGCUCGCCUCGGCCGUCCCGAUGAAGCGCGACGACUCGUCGCCCACCAAGCCCGCCUACACGGGCACGCUCGUCUCGUACACGCAGUCGGUUCCACUCGGAGGAAACCUGAGCGUGGCCUACGACGCCUCGGCUCAGAGCGCCGUUCCGCACUACGCUGCCUCGAUUAUCGGCGUCGACCUGGGCCUGCAGGGCCCGGCCCCCAUCGUCGUGUCGCCGAACGACUUCUCGCCGUUCGGAAUCCUCAAGCUCGCGACCGGGCUCGACACGGGCGGCCCCGGCGGUUGGGUCAACACGAGCAUUGCGCUCCCGAGUGCAGUCUACAAGCCUGGCGAGUACUUCUUGAUCGUCACCGAGGACCAGCUCGCCGUCUACGAUUCCGAGCAGCCGGUCUACCGCGUACAGAGCUACAACGUCUCGGUGCAGGUGACGGCCGCCGAGUAGACGAGCGCCUCGACCAGCAGCUCGACUCGAUUUCGUACCUCCUCCCCGUCGUUCCUCCCUCCUUUCCGCCUCGUAGCGCCUGCCUCUCGUCCAUGGACGCUCUCUCUCGAUUCCUAGAGUCUGCAAUACAUUUCAGUCCCUC